UUUGCGCUAAGGAAGAUUUUCUGAUGCAGAGAAGAAGUCACUUUCACCAGCUGAAUGAGCGUGAAAUGCUUUGUUGGAAAUUUAUUUGCACCGUUGCAAUAACAGAAUUAGGCCGCAUAAUAUCCAUGGAGGAGUUGCUUAUGGCUUUUUAAGGAGAUGAAGUCAGACCUGUUCUUAGCGUAAACUGCAAGCUGCGUGAUUGUAUAUUAUGUUGUUUCUGAGCUUAAAGAUUGUUCAAGCGUGUGUGCUCACUCUCACAGCAAAGACUCCGUUCUUAAACUGAGGUUUUUUGACGCACAGGAGGACUUGUUUUCUGUGGAUUUAAAGAGAAGAAGACGAGGAAGGAAAGCACAGUUAUGUGUAAUUAAAAGUCCGGUCUUUUGACAGCAGACUUUUUGACCAGCCAGACGUUCGGUCUGAUUCGCUCCCUGUGGAGGGCAGUUGGGGGAGUGCCAGGACAUUCCGUAGGUCACUUUCUGCACAGCCGGCCCACUUUUCUCCCGAUUAGUCAUUUCCUUUCAGGAAUAAAAGGAGGGCUAAAAAGGAGGGCUAAAAGGAAGUAGAAUUACUCAGUGUGUACCUUUACGUUUAAAACUGUCAGGCAGCUGGCGGACGGUGUCUUGUCUUUGACAAAGUGUCAUUUUUCAUAGUGUCUUUUUAUACAUUUUAAAAUGGACUGUUUAACAAAGAAGGGUGCCGCUGAAUACAACAUGAAAAUGCACCCCAUGUGGCAGGGACCCCUUGCAAUUCCAGGAGGUGAUCGCCAGUCUCCUAUUGAUAUCGUCGUGCGUAAGAGUGUCUUUGAUUCCCAACUGGAACCUUUGACCACUCAUUAUGACCCAACCACUUGCCAGCAAAUCUGGAAUAAUGGUUAUUCCUUCCUGGUUGAAUAUGAUGACACUACAGAUAGGUCCACACUGAAAGGAGGCCCUGUGCAAGACACAUUUAGGCUGUGUCAGUUCCACUUCCACUGGGGUGAGAGCAAUGCCUGGGGGUCAGAGCACACUGUGGACAGGAGGUUAUUUCCUGCUGAGCUUCACUUGGUUCACUGGAACUCGGACAAGUACAGUCUGUUUGAAGAGGCAGUGAUGGAGGAAAAUGGACUGGCUGUUAUUGGAGUCUUUCUAAAGGUGGGGAAGAAACACGAUGGCCUGCAGAAACUAGUAGACGCUCUGCCUGCCAUCAGACACAAGGGUAGCGUGGUAGAGUUUAAUAAAUUUGACGCUGGCUGUCUGUUACCCGCCAACACCGAUGAAUACUGGACAUAUCACGGCUCUCUUACAACUCCUCCCCUCACCGAGUCGGUCACCUGGAUCGUCAUGAAGCAGCACAUAGAAGUCAGCCAUGAUCAGCUGGCCGUGUUCCGUAGCCUUCUGUUCACCUCUGCUGAGGAGGAGACCCAGAAGAGCAUGGUGAACAACUUCCGCGUGCAGCAGCCUCUGCGGGAUCGCACAGUGCGCUCCUCCUUCAGUCCUUUCCUGAAGGAGGCGCCGUCUGACCAAGGCGACCAGCACACACACUGACACCAUCCAGCUUGUGUUCACCACCGUUACACCAAAACAAACACAUGUUUUACAGUACUUUAUUUUCCUCUUUUGCUGACAAACAGUACUUUAAUUUUAGGCUAGUUUUAACUAUUGGAUUAACUGGAGUAAUUGGGUUUUUAACUAAUAAUUUAAAAUGCUUGGUGACUGGUAAAUUGAUUUACAUCCACUUGAAUUGUAUUUAUUUUUAAAUUGACUUGACACUUUAAUUAGUUGUAGUUUUUUUUAUCAAUCAAUCAGCAGCUGAAGAUAAACAAUGGAGCUGCUAGUGGGGACUCAACAGCACUGUGUGAGUCGAUGUUGAUACUGCAAUUGCACUUACAGGUAAGCGGCUGUCAAACUCAUUUUUUAUUGAGGGCCACAUCUCAGUUAUGGCUGCCCUCAGAGGGCCGUUUGCAACAACAAAUAAUAUAUGAAUAUAAAUGUAUAAGGAGUCACUUCAUUCUAUAGUUGCACAAUUGCCUAUGCAUUUUAUUUUAUAUAUAUUUGUAUAUUGUUUAUAUGUACACUGUAAAAAAACAAAAAAGAAUAGAUUUUGCGGUAAAAUAUUGUCAGCUUAGUCGCCAGAAUAAAAAUAAAAAAUUUAAAUUUGGAAAAACAUUUUUAUGGUAAAAUUCCAAAGUACCACUGUUUUUUACCGUAUCAUUUUGGCAAGUGAGAUGCCAUUUUUUUAUUGUAAAAUUUGUUUUUUCAAAAAAAAAAAUUCUGCAAGUAGAAAAGCAGUACCACUGUUUUAAGGAUAAAUUGUUGCCACUGAGCUUUUUUUUUUUUUUUCUAUCGCACAAUCUGUUGUUUUUAAGGCAUUAUUACUUUUAGUGGAAAAAGUUACAAUUAUUAUUUGUUUUGCUGUAUUAUUCUGGUGACUGAGCUGCCUGAUUUUUUUUUAACAAUAAAAUUUAUUGUGAUUUUUACAGUGUACAACUUGAUGGAUAACUUGCUUUAAAAAUCAUAGGUCAAGCAGAUGUUUAUGUACCGUAUUUUCCGGACUAUAAGCCGCUACUUUUUUCCAACGCUUUAAAUCCUGUGGAUUAUAAAACAGUGCAGCUAAUGUUUAGAUUUUUCUUCGAUAACGACCUUAAUGUUUUAUGUUCAAUAAAUGAUUUUCAUAUUAUACCGACAGAGACACUAAAAUGGUGUGAUAUUGUUUGUGCAAUGGCGCCAUCUUUUGGAUGAGUUCGUUCACUGCAGGUGCUGCGGCUUGAAAAUGUACUUCGUUUCGUGCCUUGAACCGGAGGUAUAAUCGUCAAUAACUGUUGAUCUUGAAAGGAUUCUUCAUUCAUCACUUCAAGCAACGUUUGUAAGUUUUACAGUAUAACUACACUAUUCAUACUUACGAAACCGUCACAUCUGUGAUGUCUGUAGGUGUGUUUCCAUGCAUAUUUUUACGUGCUAACAAUGUAAUGAAGCUAGCGUCGUUAGCAUUAGCGAAUAUGCUAAUACAUGAUUUACAAGUCUGUUAGUAUUUUUAACUUACAAUGACGUUAUUUUUGUAUUGUUUCAGUUUUGUAAAUUCACCAAAACAUCACUAUAGAUUAACUGAAUCUGUUUAGCUGUUCGGAGAGAUAGCUCCUACAGCUAGUGGGUCGACCCAUCACGAUGACUUUUGAAUUGUUUGAUCAUCCGUUUUACAGACGUGUUACAGGCACCUUUCGGAAACAAUUAAGGUAUGUAAUAAACAUCUGCAAAAUCUUUCGUACUGGCAUAUAUCUGCGGCUUAUAGUCCGGUGCAGCUAAUAUAUGUAAACAUAUUUUUUUCUGGUGUGCUCUAUAGCCCGGAAAAUACGGGGUUUAUUUCAACAUAAAGAUGGUUGAUAAUAUAUUUGUUGCAUUAUUAUACAAAAGUCUAAAAUAAAUGUCACUGUAUGCAGUACAGCUUUUUUUCCAGUCAAACUGGAAGUGGCUAUGAAGACAAAGUAUUUUAUUGACACAUUAUUUCCAGGCUUCCGCGAGCCAUAUAAAAUGACGUCGCGUGCCAGGCGUGGCCUCCGGGCCUUGACUUUGACACCUGUGCUUCUGAGAGCCAAUAUGGAGGUUUUUGCACCUUUUAAAUAGAAUUUGGUUACCUGAUGGGUUGAUGUUUGACAUGCUCAAGGUACGAAAGAUGUGACUAAAGAGCACAUUUAAACUUUUAUACUGAAAUGUCUGUCUUCUCUGUAAUCAUGCAUACAAUUAUGUCAGGUUUGUUGGUAUGUCAUACAUAUUCAUUUUACAGUGCCUUUAAAUAUUUUCAUCAUACUUCUGCGGUUUGACGGCUGAAAAGAUUGCUAAAAAAAAUAACUUUUGCGUACAAAGAGUUAUGUUUAAUUUUGCAGCUGCAGUCAUGUUUUUUAUCUUUUCCACCACAUGAGGCCUGAUCAAGAGUCGCUAGAAGGAAAUCACUGACGGUUCAUUAGCGUUUGGACUCCAUGCUUUUCUUUUCAAUCUAAAUGUCACUAAGCUACUAUCCAAACAUAGCCUCUUUUGGUCCUUUUUGGCGUCCAAGCGUGAAGACACAUUGACUGGUUAUGCAGUGAAUCGUUACAAUGUGUGCCUUUGGGAAGGCUGCACGCUGACAUUGAAAAGUUUGUGGGGGAGGCACAUCUUUGGUAUGUUUUUACAGACACUGUAGUACAGUACUGCCUUGUUUCAUGGUAUUUUAUCAUGUCAGACUACAUUUAAUGCCUGGAUGCAAUAUAAAUGCAACAUAAAAACAUGAAUAUGACCAUAUUCUACUUGUUACACUGUGAUGAUUGUUAAAUGGUGAUCUUUUGUCUGAUCUUUCUGUACUGUAUUGCUCAUUGUAACGUUUUUAGGCUAAAAUACAUUGUUUUUUCUUUAUAAAUCAAAUGAUUAAACUGUCAUUAACAUA